CCUGGAGUCCAGGCUCUGGUCUCUGGGCUGGGCAGCUGCCACCGUCCCCUGGUGGUGGCGCACAGGGGCACUGCAGAGCUGGAAGGUCAACAACUGGACACACAAGAGAUGGACUCACAGACCAACAGGAUGAAUGCUCUGCCCCCCAGCCCCCUGGCUCUGGAAUAUCUCGACGACUUUGACUUGUUGAAGUUGGAAGUGAAGCAGGAGGCGUCCAGAGCUGGCGGAAGCGCCUCGCUGAGCUCCACCCCCUGCAGCUCGGUGCCCCCCUCGCCCACCUUUGACAAGGCGGUGGACCCGAAGUCUACUCUGGAAGAGUUGUAUUGGAUGGCAACCCUCCAUCAGACGCUGGCGGCGGCAGCCGGGGGGCACUCGGAAGGCCAGCUGGUGCCGGGCUUCGAUGAAGCGAUGGAGGUGCUCUUGGGGGUUCCCCUGGCGGAAGGUGGCCUCCACGGUGGGUCCACUCCACCGCUGCGAGGAUUCCUGGGAACCUCUGAGGGGCUCAUUGGAGAACAGCAACAGCUGCCCCUGCUUUCCGACCGCUUCUCCGACGCCCAGCUGGUCUCCAUGUCGGUGCGGGAUCUUAACCGGCAGCUCCGCGGUUUCGGCAAGGACGAAGUGCAGCGCCUGAAGCAGAAACGGCGCACCCUCAAGAACCGUGGCUACGCCCAGUCCUGUCGCUACAAGCGAGUGCAGCAACGCCACGUCCUGGAGGCUGAGAAGUCCCAGCUGGCCCAACAACUCGAGUCCUUGCGUGUCGAGAUGGCCCGGGUGGCCCACGAAAGGGAUGUGUACAAAGCCCGCUGCCAGAAGCUGCUGGGAGACACCGCAGGGGGACACUACGGGGAUGGGACGGAGCCUCCUGCUCCACAGCCUACCUCACUGGCACAGUUUUUUCUAUGAACAGCCCGCAGCAUAUGGACAGUGGGAGUGAAACGGGAGAUAACCAUCAGCUGUGGACCAAUGAGCUGUUUUCCCCUUUAGCUCCACUAGAGGGCGACAUAAGCGAAGGCUCCUGACAGGCCCCUCCCCUUUUCAUGACUUGGGUCUCAAGCGAGUUAGGCCAGAAGAGUGUCACCAUGAGCACAUCCACACUAUAAACAUGGUUUCAUAGCAGUAUAACUGUCAUGGCUACCUCUCCUGGAAUCAUGGGAAUUAUAAUUUGAUGAGGGAGCUGAGAAUUUCCCUUUCUUGGAAAUAAAGUUCCCAGGGUUCCCCAAGGAGAGGAAAAAAGUGACUAUUAAGCCAGUUUAAGUCUGUGGUGUGGAUCUGCACAAGACGGUUGAUUUCAUAAAUGCUCGGGCUUGCUGGAAA